UUGUUUCGGGUGCGUGAAAUUCCUUAAGUUUGAGUCUUUUGUCCGACUUUCCAGUGCUUGAGAUUCUUUCAUUGUAACAGCCACAAAGGUGAAAUCCUUUUCCACACCUCGAGCUUCGUUUGGCCGCAGACACUCGGGCUCCGGGCCGCUGUUUUGGGCGUUUUUCUGAAGACAACAGAGGAAAAGUGUAACUCGGAUGGACAGUAAGAGCAGGAGAGUCUGAAGAAGGAGGUAUGUGGCAACACUCCCAACAAGGCCACCGACGACAAGCUCCACAGGACUGCUAAGAUUAGAAAAACGAUGGAGGUGGAAGGGGAGAAGGAAAGAUUGCAAAGGGAUGAGAAGGAGUACAAUGAGGCAGAGACGGACCGAACAAGUGAUGAAGAGGAAGAGGAAGAUUCGGAGGGAGCCACUUUGCUCUGGCAGGAGGGGUACAAUGAGGACAACGAGGGACUUCCCAUAAUGCACUGGGAGGCCCUGAGUUUACGCAUCGCCGAGCUGGAGAAGCAGGAGGAGGAGCGUAGAGAGAAGAACGCAAAGGCUGGAGGUUCACCAGAUAAUAGCUGGAUGGAGGACAGAGGUACCAGAGCAGAGAAUUGGGACUAUGAAGAUGAUGCCUGCAACAGUCACGUAAUGGCCCUCACCUCUCGACUUCAGACCCAGAUGAACCUGCAGCUUUGCUUCAUUAACAACAGUGAGAGUGAGGAGGAGGAGGAAAAGGAGGAAGGCAGUAGUAAAAAGGAUGCAACCAACAACAAGGAGUCUGCUCAGUCGCAAAAGAAUCCCCCACAGCCCACAGCAAAGUCGGACAAGUCAUCAAAAUCAAAGUCAAAAUCAGCCAAAUCGGAGAAACCCAAAUCAUCUCGAGGUUUUAGGAACACACUGCGGAACCUGAGGGACCGACUGAGAACAGACCACAGAACAUCGUCCACUGCUGUUAAAGAUGCCGUCAUCGAGAGGAGGCAUUUAGAGCGUACUGAUCUCCAAAACUUCAGUAUUAAGGAGUUAAACAAGGUUUCUACCUCUCUCAAACAAACCAUACAAGAUCUGAGCUCGGAGCUGGUGGGGCUGCUGCAGAUCCGGGACCAGCUGAGGACGGAGCAGGACGCCAUGCUGCUGGAGGUGCAGGACCUGACUGCAGUAUGAACCCUGUGAGCUCUUUAUUCAGGACACUGUCCAAAACACUCACACAGGGGUCAAAACGGUGAACUGUCCCCACAUCUGGACUGAACUAACACUUGAAAGAAUGUGUCCUCCAACAGGACAGCGGACUGCACACUAUUGUUUUGUGUCUUUUAAAUGUUUUAGUGUAUUUUAAGUCCACUACAGUGUAUCAGCACAUUUUAAAUGUAGAACUCUGUGUGAUCUGUGGCAGCUGUGGUAACGAACUAGAGAAACCUGCUCCAGACAUUACUUUCAGUGUAGUCAACAAUCAUAAGGAUGACACUGUCCUGUUAUUUAAAGCAGCACAAUUCAAGCCUGGCUGUUUGUUCAAAGUCUUAGUUGACAGCUAUUGUUGUUAACCACUUGAUGCAGUCUUGCAUCUUUUGUUUGAUUGAAACACCAUCAUUUUAUAAGCACCUUUAUAGACAGAUCCUCUGUUUUGUAUUUCAAAUGCAGUAUUUUACUGUGUAAAAGGGACUUAAGUAGAUAAGCUGCUAGUUAUUAGUUUUUGUUACGUAUGUGUUAGGUUACUUAUGCUGUCUUUAACAGGAGCGUAUUUCAAAAUGUCAUAAUCACGCAUGCCUUGAAAAAGUGUUUAUAUUGUUAUAUAACAUAUGAUAAGUGAUUGUAUUUUUAAAAAGCUUUAACUUUUUUAUUCAACAAACAUUCACCACUCUUCUUUUCCAUUUGACUCAUACAUUUCCUGAUGGAAGUACCAGCUAAUCAUGACUUUAAUUUUACUCUGGUCUGGUGUUGGUAUGGCGUCCUUUUUACUGAUUGGAUAAAUGUCUGUCUCAUUGCAUUGAAAACACUAAAACUGUUACGUAGAUGCCCGGUCGUUCCAAUUGUAUUUUGAGUAAACACAGUCAUGUUUGA